ACAAUCAUCGUCUCGCCACAGCCUCUCCUGUGCCCUCGCCUCGCAUUCCUCUGCUGCACAGGGCUUGGCAGCUCGGCCCAGCUUCACACAGUCUGCGCCUGAUUGAUCGCCGCUGGAUCGCUCCGCAGGCCCGGGUCGGAAUUUUCGAGCUAGCCAGCCAAAACUUCGGCACUAUGGAUCCCAGACGGUCGCCAGCUCUUUACCCCAACCAUCACCACAACCACAGCAAUUCGGCAUCGCGACCGCACUUCCCGCCAUCCACGCACGCAUCGGCGCCGGCCGCAGCCUCGCAUCGCAUCGCCAGCCCAGCCUAUGCUGCGCACCAGCGACGCAUCUCCGACGCGCCCUAUCACCGCCCUCCGCACGCCGUCCGCGACUAUCCUUCAGAGCCCAGCCAUUCGCGCGCCCAGAGCGCCUCGUCGCUGCCCACCGCCCGCGAGCUCAGUCGCAACAUGCCGCCGCCCACGUCGCCUCCCCAGCAGCCGGGGCCGCACGCGCAGCACCAGCACCAGCAUCAACACCAGCACCAGCACCAGCAGCCACACGCCGUCAUGGGAUACGCACCGCCUCCCCCCAGGCCUCCGCCGGUCGCUGUUGGGCCACCAAGCGCUUUUCCUUCUGGCCGUGAGCUGCCAGCCUUAAGCUCCAUCGCACGAUCCGGCUCAGUGUCCAAUGGCGGAAGCUCCAUGUCGAUUUCGUCCAUGCUCGGCGGCCCUCCCCCAGCCUCACGAGAAGCCCAGCCCCCAGCCUCUUCAGCUCAACACUACUCUUCGCACUCGGCACCCACAUCAGCCUCGACCUCUGGUCCUGGCUUCGCAUCGUCUAUUCAAGCCUCGCCUCGAAUGCACUCUGCAUCCUCCGAAUACCCCCCAUUCCGACGUCCUCAAACCCCCGAGCUGCAGCGACCAUACGAUCCCCGAGUCGGUGCUGCGCCUUCUCCUCGAGGCCACUAUGCCACGCCCCCAGAUGUCCAACGGUAUGGCACGCCACAACAACAACAACAACAACAACAACAACAACAACAACAACAGCAGCAGCAGCAGCAGCAGCCACAACAGCCAUACCACUCACGACACCCGUCAAGCUCGGUCGACCCUUCGAGAGAACAAGCAAGGAUACCGACAGGGCCACCACCUCCUGGCCAGAAUGCUGCGCAAUCUAGACCGUACGGGGCGAUGCCACCACGGCCGAUGGACAUCGGGAGAGCGACGGGGCCAGAAGAUGCCUAUGGCCGCCGGGAAGAAGGCAUGCGACCGGCCCCAGGUAUGGAGUAUGGCGACAGGACCGGCCUAAGACCUUAUCCCUACGACGAUCGCUACAGGGCCGAGAGAGAAAGGGCAGCUACAAUUGGAUUGGAGCAGCAGCAGCAGCGGGAGCGAGAAGGCAGGGAGCGGGCGUAUUCCGGAGGCGAUCCGAAUCGACAACCUCCGCCGCCACAUGAUCAGGCACAUCGCGAACCCCCGGUACAUCAAUCUACCCCCUACGGCCCACCCCCUGCCGAGCUGCUCGACCGACGCGAUCCUCGGGACCCUCGCUGGGGACGACCCGAACCCGAAGUCAACUACAGAGCCGCAACACUGGAGCACCAACGCGCUCACCCAGACUAUCCUCCCACCUCUGGACCCUAUGCACCUCACAAUCCUUCAGCAUAUCCGACAGCGCCUCCAGAGAGAUUCCCUCCGGCCUCGCAUCCAGCCUACCCCCCCAGCUCGUCUGGUGUUGCCGGUCCGCCCCAGCCACACGAGUCUCCAGACCGCGCUCGAAUGGAGCUUCACCACUCCCAGCAACAGCAACAGCAACAGCCACCUAGAUCGCGACCUCUCGAUGAGGCUCCACCGUCUCUUUCAUCCGUGCCCUUUGGUGGCGCUGCCGGUCAUGGUCACCACCAGUUCGAUGCCUCGCGAAACAGGAAUGUCGAUGACCCGUCAGGGGGACCUGGCAUCCAUCAACGCAACCUUCUUGCUAUCCAAGAGAUUAACCGUAAAGGGCGCGUCUCCCCGCUUCCACAAGCUGUUCAAGGCGCGCAGCCUCAGCAGCCGGGGCCUGCUGCAGAGCCAGGCAUUAAGAGCGAGUUUGGCCGCAUGUUUGCAGGCAUAGGCAGUGGUGUGGGAAGUAUGAGCGGUGUGUCAAGUCCUGUUACGUCUGCGCCAAUGGCUCAGUACAUUAAUGCUGCGCUAGCCAAACGAGAGGACUCUGAAAAUCCACCACCAGACGCGGGUCCGGAUGGUGCCACCAAGGGCAGGGGCCGAAGGCGCAAGCUGAAUACAGAAGACAGCCGUGAUGAUGAAAGCUCGGGGAGAUUGACGCCGGUAGGCCGUGGUGCGAAGCGCAUUAGGGGGCAUGGGCAUCACCAUCACCAUCACCACCACCAUCACCACCACGCGCCUGAAGGAGCUGCCUCUCCUACUGUUGGUAUCACCACGUUCAAGAACUUCAAAGGCGUUACCCCGACUACCUCACCUACUGAAAAGGCACCGGCCGUUGCGCCUCAUCAUCACCACCACCAUCAUCAUCAUGCAGCAAGAACAGCACAACCCGCCCAGGCUCCAAAGACCGCCCAAAGCCCUCCGGCGCCGAUCCCUCCCAAGCCGCGAACGAUUGUGUCAUCCAAGGCUGUGCUGGAGCAGGUAGCUCGCCAUCCCCGCCACCACUUGGGCGAUUUCAUCUACGAGCCAGAACUGAAAGCAGGACGACUGCUCCCGCACACCCCCACGCACCGGGGCUUCUCGUCUAACCCGAAGCCACUGCCAUAUGAUCUGAUCAAAGGCAAAGAAAACUGCACGCUAACCGUCAAAGUGUCGCGCAUCCACCUAUCUUCGAUUGCUCGAGAGGAGAUUACAUCCAGAGCUUUCCUAUGGGGCACAGAUGUCUAUACCGACGACUCAGAUGUGGUGGCGGCAUGCAUUCACGGAGGAUGGAUCAAGGGAGAAUGGACCGAGGAUGUCGACACAUCUCUGCUGGAUUUGGACCAAGGGAUGAAUGGAGAGACAAAGCGCCGAAAGGUUAAGAACCAAGAAAGCGAGUCCGCGAAUGCCACAUCCGAAGGUCUCAUCUCGGCGCCUCCCGUCGCUGGUCCAAUGGCCGUCCCAGCCGAGCGCGACCUACACGUUACUGUUUUGAUAUUACCUCGACUAGUCAAAUACGGCUCCUCUACGCGCUACGGUAUUACAAGCCGAGAAUUUGGCGGCGAAUACGGAUCUCGACACGCCGUCCACGAUGGAUUAAGCUACAUGGUCAAGAGCAUCCGCUGGGUGCAGAACGGCGCCCAGCCCCAAGCUCGACUGCGUGGAAAGGGCCGACGAGAGCGCAUGAGAGAGCAGGCGGUCAAUUAUAUAAUGAUAGCGGGAUUGACCAAGAGUCUGGAUGCUAAACCUGGCAUAGGCAGCGAGAUCUCUGGCAACUGGGUGAAUAAGAAUCCCACAGACGACUCUCUGGAUGCGAAGCGCCGACAUAGCGAGGGCGACAAGGAGAAUCAACCCGGUGAGAAGAAGAUGAGCGAGGGCCAGUCUGAAGGACACGAUCAGGACAAGGACGUUGAGAUGGGAGAUUUGGGAAAUGAAGAAAAGGUGGCUGCUGUUGAAGAAAAGUAGCUUGCUUAUCUAUUUCCUUGAAAUUCCACUCAACUACCUAUUGUUUUUUAUUACUUCUAUUUUCAUUUUCAUUUUUUACGACCAUUUAACGAAGGCUUAUUUGCUCUGCAUAGGAAGGAAUCAUUCAAGGAAGAAAGGCAGCUCACGGGGAGCUUAUGUAUUUUGGACGGAAGGA